UGACGCAAUUGCUUGGCUUAAGGAUAAAUGUUGCGAGGCGUUAGGCUUAAAAAUUAGGGAACGAGGGAGCUUUAGGCUUAAGGACGUCUCCCUCGUAAACAUUCAUAACAACAACCACCCAAGUGACAAUCAUUCAUUAUUGCAGCUUGAUCUAUUUGCUUUCAUCAUGGUUUAGAGAAUAGGCGACACGGUUUGGAAGGAAAGGUAGGUCUAUCGCGCCGGGAGCGAGGAAAAGAAGCGAGGGUUGCAGGGAUAAUGUAGGCCUACUGGGUGGGUCUUGGCGGCCAUGAUGGCGCUGUUGCUAGGCUCAGUAGGCCUAUGAGCGAGCCUACACAACAUUACCCCUUGCAGGCCGCAUUGCCAGCCUACCUGCCUGGCUCUUACUCUCUGACAGAUGCUCAAAAAGCCUCAUGUGUGGUCAUGGAGGCAUUGCCGGAUGGGGGGGUGCUGGAGGGAGAAUCACAGAUCAUUGGUCUAAUAGGUCAUGACGACCUUGGGAUGGUAGAGGCAUCGAUGUUACAGAGUGACCCCAGUGUGAUGAUGGACUUCGUUGGGGAGGAUGACGAAGCACUGUCCACGGCGUUCUCCAACACCUUCACCAACGCCUCCAACACCACAACUCCCUCCUCAUCCCGGACUCCGGCGUCUUCAACAUCAUCCUUCUCCACAACGUCUUCCUAUUCCUCAUCGCCUUCCUUUUCCUCGUCAACCUCUUCCGCCCCCUUCAACACCCAUGCUUCAAGUCAGGGGGACGGCAGAGGUGGGGGAGUGUUGGAGCUAACGGGCCACCAGAACUCACUUCCGUCGCCCUUACUGCUUACACACCACCAGCACCCUAUUCAUCCCUCGCAGCACCUCCAUUCGCCACACCCCAUCCUGCACCAUAACCAUCACCAGCACCAACGCACCCAACCUCCACAGUCCAGCCAGCAACAGCACGUGCCGCAAAAUUACUACCAUCAUGAACCAGUUCCUUUGUCACCUGGAAGACCACAGGGUGGAGGCUAUUCCAUUGGAGGAGGCUUCACACCUUAUAUGUCUUCUUCGCAGCUUCCGCCGCCUCAUCCUACCUCUAUGCAUGAAGCUCACCACCAGUUCCUACCAUCUGUUAAAUCAGAGGCUUCUGGGGGAGAAUCCUAUAACCGUAGCCUGAAACCUGAACCUCAAGAUGACUUCCUAGAUCCAAUGGACACGCACCUAGAGCCUUCACCCACCCCAGCGCCUUCUUCUGCCAUAUCAUAUAAUUCGCAUCCUUCCACCUCCAUUAUAGGGAGAGGGGUUGCAAUUCCCUAUUCUCACCAUGGCGCUCCUCCUACCGCUUCUCCAAGCACUAUGCCAGCUAUGGAGACCAAUGGUGCGCCCUCGCCAGCAUCUCAGUAUAUGUAUCCCUCGCACUCCAACACUCCAUACCUCCUAGAACUUGCUCCUUUACCUUCACGGCAACAGCAACAGCAACAACAGCAACAACAACAGCAGCAACAACAGCAACAACAGCAACAACAGCAACAACAGCAACAACAGCAACAACAGCAACAACAGCAACAACAACAGCAACAACAACAACAGCAACAGCAGCAGCAACAUCAACAGCAACACCAACCGCAGCAGCAGCAGCAGCACCAACAACAACAGCAUAAUCAGCAGCAAGGCCCACCAGUGACUCUCACAAAUGGUGUUGCAGGUUAUGCUGGAAGCUUGUCCGAUGGAAGAUCUUUAGGCCUUGGAUACUAUGAACCCUCGCAGUUAACUCAGGAAGAUGUGCGGCUAGUCUCUUCACAGCCGACUCACAUGCUAUACGUGCCAGCCAACCAGCAUAAUAUUAAAGGCAGGGGAAAGAUGAACCGGAAAAAGUCAUCUCCAUCACCAUUACUAGACGAUGAAGACAGUUUAUUAGGGAACAAGCAGCUUGGAGAAGAAAACAACGACUCUGAUGAAGAUAACCUUGUGAUUGAUACGAGCAGUGUCUCAGGGGAAGGGUUCGAGUGUGGAGAAUGUGGUUUGGUGUGUCGGACCAGAGGAGGACUCCGCAAGCACCUCACAACAGAGCACCUGCCAGAUGAGCCAGAGCCUGCGGAGACCAUCCCCAAGCAGCAUUCAUGCACGAUGCCCCUAUGUCACUUCACCACCACAAAGAGGGAUGCGUAUGACCUCCAUAUAGCCAGCCACAUUGCUGAUGGCUGGACACCAACAGGAAAGAAGAGGCACAACAAGAAUCCAUUGCAGAGACACAGGUACAACAAAGAGGAACUAACUUGUCCAUUGUGUGAAUAUACAUGCACAGUGGAAAAGUCCUUCAGGAGGCACUUGAAAUCCCAUGAAACUGGCAGAGGCCCUCUCUCAAAGGUCUCUUGCUGCAUCUGUGGCAAGGACAGAACAAGUGAGGCUGAUCUGAAGAAGCACAUGAAGAAACAUCGGCAGGGGAAGUACUACCGCUGUGACAUAUGCAAAUUCCAAACUGUACAGUUAAAGAAGCUUAUCCAGCACCGGAGAAUGCACACGGGAGAGAAACCUCACCUCUGUCCAUUCUGCCCCUAUCGUGCUGCACGGCGAGACAACCUACGAUCCCACGUGAGACGCAUGCACAAGAGAGAAAACAUGUACGGUGACACCUUCACGCCCAGGCCCCUCCUAUUGGCUGAGGCAGACAUCCGGGAACACUUGCCAAACCAAGUAGACCACCAGCAGGUCCCUGGCACUCCUCUCCCAGGCCCAGCGCAGCCGCACCCCCCACCACAGGCUCCCUUAUAAUCCGUAUUGGAAUAGCUCUAGAUUGAAGGGCAGAGCUAUUUAUCCUAAUUUUUAUGAGAGGCUUAAUACUGUAUCCUGUGUCUUAUUUAUUGUCAUGUUCUCUCUCAGUGUACCAAACCAGUGUGCCAUUACGUGUUUUAAGGGUCACCUGGAUGAAUGAUGGCUUUGAUUAGGGUCAAUGGGUGAUCCACUCCCACAGGAAAAUGAACACAGGAUGAGGUCAUGAAGGUAUUCAAAGAUUUUUUUUUUUUUUUUGGUAGAGAGGCACUUCCCUUAUUAUUAAUCUGCAGUCAACUGUAUGAGGAAAAGAUUCUUUUGUCUCCCACUUUCAAAAAGUUAGACUUGUGUGAGUCUGAGAUAAGAUAGUGAUCCGGACAUUAGUUUGCUUGUGGACUAAAAAGAAAAAUCUUAAAAAAAGGUUUUAUUUGGUUUGAAUAUAUAGAGAAUAUUAUAUUGAGUUGAUAGUUAUCAAAAUUAUUAAAGAUAGUUUAUU